GCCCCACGAGGAAGAUAAAGGGGCGUGGCCAGGAAUAGUCGCCUCUCCCCCCCCCCCCCAAUCUCUCUCCUUCCCUCCCUGCCUUCUGGCCCCGCCCUGCUCUCUUUGCAACCCGUCAAUCAAAGCUGCAGCGAGGCCGGCGGCCAAUGGGUCCUCCGUGGGCGGGGCUUCACGAAGGCAUCCCGUGGGAGGGGGGAAAGGACGGAGGAGGGGGAGAGGGAGGGGGCUUCUCCGUCGCCAUUGGAUUGUGAGGCGAAGAGGCGGCGGGUUCAGCCACGAAGAAGGAAAGACACACACGGAGGGAAAUGAGGAUUUUAUGGAGCCAACUCUUGGAUGCAGUAAGGAAAACAAUCAUAUAGGAAGAAGAAAUCAUCGCAAGAUGAUGGCCUAGCUGAAGCUGUAAGAUUUCACUUACAGACAAGAAAAGGAAAAAGAUUCAAAUAUCUGAAUUGCAAUUAAACAUCCAUAUCACUGUUGACAUGAAGGAGAAAGCAUCUGAAUACCUGGAGUGUGGAAAGAGCUUUACUGACAGUGGAGAUUUACAUAUACAUCAAAGCACUCACACUGGGGAGAUAACCUAUACGUGCUUGGAGGGUGGAAAGAGCUUCACUAGCAGUGAAGGUUUACACUUACAUCAAAGAAGUCACACUGGGGUGAAACCCUAUAUGUGCCUGGAGUGUGGACAGAGCUACACCCACAGUUCUCGUCUACGUUCACAUCAAAGGACUCACACUGGGGAGAAACCCUAUAAAUGCCUGGAGUGUGGAAUGAGCUUUGCUCAGAGUGGAAGCCUGUGUUCACAUCAAAGGACUCACACUGGAGAGAAACCGUAUAAAUGUCUGGAGUGUGGAAAGAGCUUCACUGAGAGUGGAAAUCUACAUUUACAUCAAAGGACUCACACUGGGGAGAAACCCUAUACAUGCCCGGAGUGUGGAAUGAGCUUCACUCAGAGCGGAAGUCUACGUUCACAUCUAAGGACUCACACUGGGGAGAAACCUUUUAAAUGCCUGGAGUGUGGAAAGAGCUUCACUCAGAGUGCAAAUCUACAAUCACAUCAAAGGAGUCACACUGGGGAGAAACCUUAUAAAUGCCUGGAAUGUGGACAGAGCUUCUCUCAUAGUUCACGUCUACGUUCACAUCAAAGGGGUCACACUGGGGAGAAACCCUAUAAAUGCCUGGAAUGUGGACAGGGCUUUGCUGAGACUGGAAGCCUACGUUCACAUCAAAGGACUCACACUGGGGAGAAACCCUAUAAAUGCCUGGAGUGUGGAAAGAGCUUCCCUCAUAGUUUAGGUCUACGUUCACAUCAAAAGACUCACACUGGGGAGAAACCGUAUAAAUGCCUGGAGUGUGGAAAGAGUUUCACUCAGAGGAAUCAUCUACAGCAACAUGAAAGGAUUCACACUGGGGAGAAACCCUAUAAAUGCAUUGAGUGUGGAAAGAGCUUAACUCAUAGUGGAAGUCUACAUAAACAUCAGAGGACUCACACUGGAGAGAAACCCUAUAAAUGCCUUGAAUGUGGAAAGAGUUUCAUUCACAAUGGAGAUCUACAUUCACAUCAAAGAACUCACACUGGGGAGAAACCCUAUAAGUGUCUCUAUUGUGGACAGAGUUUCACUCACAGUGGCAAUCUAUAUAAACAUCAAAGGACUCACACUGGAGAGAAACCGUAUACAUGCCUGGAGUGUGGACAGAGCUUCGCUCAUAGUUCACGUCUACGUUCACAUCAAAGUAUUCACACUGGGGGAAAAACCUAUAAAUGUCUGGAGUGUGGACAGAGCUUCACUCAUAGUUCAAGUUUACGUUCACAUCAAAGGACUCAUACUGGGGAGAAACCAUAUACAUGCCUGGAAUGUGGGCAGAGCUUCACUCAGAAUGGAAGUCUACAUAAACAUCAAAGGAUUCACACUGGGGAGAAACCCUAUAAAUGCAUAGUGUAUGGAAAUAGCUUCUUUGAAAGUUUAGAUCUACUUAGAAAUAGUUUUCACAUUGGAGAGAACAGUGAUAUUUGACCCCAGAGAGACUCUCUAAGACAGAACUUUCCAAGCUUUUAAUUUUUGGUGACACACUUUUUAGACAUGCAUCCUUUUGUGGUAAAGUAAUUCAGUUUAGCAAACCAGAGGUUAAAACAACCCCAUUUAAAAUUUUCAAUAUGUAUAAUAUCAUUUAAUAAUAGAGAGAAAUUAAGUUAUUAUGAUCAUUACUGUAUAAACAUUUUUGUGUAGCUUCCUCUAUAGCUGCUCCAUUUUUAAUUAUUUUUUAUUGUAAAUACAAGUGUCUGUAUUCCGUCUGACAUAUUCCAAUUUUUCUAAUUGUGUGUGUGUUCAUUAACAUUUUCCAUAAUUUAUUGCAGUUUAAUUGUAUUAUAUUAUCUAGGGUUUUGGGGAGAUAUACGCCCAGAUAUUUUAGCUUCUUCUCACCCAGUUUUAUCCCAAAACUGGAUUAUAAUCCUUUCAACUCUUUCCAUAUAAGGUUUUUGUGUAAGAUUUCUGAUUUUUGAAUGUUUAUGGCCAGUCCUGAUAACUUUUCAAAUUUCUUUAUAAUGUUAGUUACUUCCUUUACAGAAUCCCCUGGUGAUCCGAGUAGAACCAUAGCAUCAUCAGCAUAUAAAUUUACUUUUAUUUCUUCUUUGCCGGUUUUAUAUCCUUUAACUUUAACUAGUUAGCUAGUGGUUCUAUUGCCAAUGCAGAGAAAAUGAGGGAAAUGGGGCAACCUUAUUUUGUCCCACUUUUGAUCUUAAUUGUUCUUGAUCUAGAGUCACUGAUAAGUAGUUCUACCUGGUUGCCUUUGUAUAAUUCCUUAAUUACUUCACAAUUUUUUUUUACCCAAGUUAAUGUCUUCACAAACUUGGAACAAGUAUUGGUGGUUUACCGUACUGAAAUCUUUAUAAACAUCUAUCAAUAGUUUCUCUUUUCCUCUUGUCAUGUGAUUUAUUACAUUAAGAAUAUCCCUGAUUGAGUCAGCUAACCUCCUAUUUUUGAUAAAAACUAUAUUGGUCUUCCUUUAUUAACUGGGAUUAUUUAUUUCAGUCUAUUAGCUAGGAUUUUUGUAAAGAAAAAAAAUAGAGUCUAUGUUGCACAAUGUGAUUGGUCUGUAUGAGAUGGGAUUGAUCUCUUUCUUAGGUUCUAACAUUGUAAUUGUUCCUGACCUUUUCCGUGACUCUGGGGUAGUUCUUUUAGUCACUAUCUCAUUAAAUAAAAUUACUAGAUUAGAUUUCAGGUUGGAAUAUUUUAUAGAAAUUAGAGGUAAAGGUAUUUGGACCAGGGGAAGAAUUUUGUUUGAGAUUCCUGUUCAUAGAAUCCUAGAGUCCUAGAAUCAUAGAGUUGGAAGAGACCUCAUGGACCAACCAGUCCAACCCCCUGCCAAGAAACAGGAAAAUCGCAUUCAAAGCACCCCUGACAGAUGGCCAUAUCCAAGGAAGAAGCUUCCACAACACUCACACUUUUUUGUUCAUAGGAGAAUGCACAAAAAUGUAUAGACUUACUACAAAAGAGACGAAACUUCAGUUCAGGAGUAUACUAAAGCUGUAAAAUAUUAGAAGAACUGGGGAAGGAGAGUUCCACUGCUGAACAGCUCUUCUUACAGUCAGGAAGUUCUUCCCAAUGGUCAGGUGAAAUCUCCUCUCCUGUGAUUUGAACCCGUUGCUCCGAGUCCUAGUUUCCAGGGCAGCAGAAAGUUUUAAAAUAGUGUAUAACUACUAAAACAAUGUAUAAAUAUUAAAAUAAAUAUAGUGUCCCUACUUCGUGGAUUUUCACUUAUUGCGGGUGGUCCUGGAACCUAACCCCUGCGAUAAGUGAGGGAACGCUGUAUAUUGUCCUCUGCCCAGUUCUUAUCAGUAGGGACUGUUCUCCCAACCCAACACGGGGUGUUCUGUCGAAAUCGGGCAGCGAGUCUUCUCUCCCCUUCAGCUCUUGCUCUUCCCGGUCUGGAGGGGCUUCUCCCACGAGAUGGGCUUCCCCAGCAAGAGCAUUGUGACGCCUUUGGAAAGCAUCACUCCUGGGCCAGGGCUGGACUUGCCUUCUCUGGCGGAGACCCUCAGUAGUAGGAGCAGCUGCAGAAAAAUGGGUCCCAGAGGGAUGGGGCGGAGAGGGAGCCAAGAGCCAUCGGGCCUGAACCCCUUCUGCCCCUUCAGGCAAGGAGAUGAGAUUACUAUUGUUUUAUUACCCACUAUUGACACUUCCUCGUCUUCCUCCUCCUCCUCCUCCUCCUCUUUGACUCCAUUGAGUCUCAUUGAACCCUCUGCAGGACAUUCAUGGCACCUCCAGAUUCGCCUCUCUUGCCUACUUCCUCUGAGGCCAAGAGUCAUCCAGAGGGUCUUCAUGGCCUUGCAAAGAGGGUGCCCUCCUCAGACCACCAACCCACACUGUCCUCAUUGCCCAAGCUGCAGCCAAAAAGGCCAAGGGACGCCUGGCUUGACAGCAGUAUGUGCGAAAAAGACCUUGGAGUCCUCGUGGACAACAAGUUAAACAUGAGCCAACAAUGUGAUGCGGCUGCUAAAAAAGCCAAUGGGAUUCUGGCCUGCAUCAAUAGGGGAAUAGCGUCUAGAUCCAGGGAAGUUAUGCUCCCCAUGCUCUAUUCUGCCUUGGUCAGACCACACCUGGAAUACUGUGUCCAGUUUUGGGCACCACAGUUGAAGGGAGAUGUUGACAAGCUGGAAAGCGUCCAGAGGAGGGCGACUAAAAUGAUGAAGGGUCUGGAGAACAAGCCCUAUGAGGAGCGGCUUAAAGAGCUGGGCAUGUUUAGCCUGCAGAAGAGAAGGCUGAGAGGAGACAUGAGAGCCAUGUACAAAUAUGUGAAGGGAAGUCAUAAGGAAGAGGGAGCAAGCUUGUUUUCUGCUGCCCUGGAGACUAGGACACGGAACAAUGGCUUCAAACUACAGGAAAGGAGAUUCCACCUGAACAUCAGGAAGAACUUCCUCACUGUGAGAGCUGUUCGACAGUGGAACUCUCUCCCCGGGGCCGUGGUGGAGGCUCCUUCUUUGGAGGCUUUUAAACAGAGGCUGGAUGGCCAUCUGUCGGGGGUGCUUUGAAUGCGAUUUCCUGCUUCUUAGCAGGGGGUUGGACUAGAUGGCCCAUGAGGUCUCUUCCAACUCUACUAUUCUAUGAUUCUAUGACUCUCGUGUCCAGAUGGAGGGGAGUCCUGGUGUCCCCCCUUCUCCUUUGGCCAGAACCUUCUCACCUGGAAUAACGAUCUUGGGUCCUGUUCUGGGCAAAGCAAUUCAAGAUUCCCCCAUCUAUGAAGUCGACUGAAUUGGUGGUUGAUUGAUAUUAUUACUGUUGUAUUAACUCUUGUUUUAUUGCCUUAUUGUGUUUUAUCUUUUGUAUAUUGUGCAAUGUAUUUACGCUGUUGUUUUUGUAAAUUAUGCCCCGUGUGAGCUGCCCUGAGGCCCCGCGGGGAGAUGGUGGUAGGAUAUAAAUAAAGUUUAUUAUGUUUAUUA